AUGCAAGCUGGAAUUGCACAGUCUUUGGAGCACUCACCAGAGUUCUACGUACAAUCACGAGGAUUACCGGGAGAGGAUAAACCUAUUCAAGGAGAACCCGGAAAAGCUGAGAUAGUGGGAUACCUUGUCGCAAGAUCAGUGAAGAUACUCUUCAAUGCUUUCUUGAAGAAGCACAAUCGAUUGGAGGAAUUUGACAAGCCUUAUGCCUCGAUUGUACCUUAUCCUAGAAUGGCAGUACCGAACAAUGCAUAUCGUACCAGAACCCAAUGGCAAGGGAAGGAGAUGGGAAACUUGUCGCAGAUUAUUCUUGGAGCACUCAUGGCUGCUUUGAGAAACCCGAAGUUGGCUGUCAAGGGUGACUUCGUAAAUGCAUUGAAAUGUGUACAAAGCUUAAUCGAAUUCCACUUAAUGGCGCAGUAUGGGAGUCAUACAAUCAGCAUACUGAAUUAUAUGGAGAGGUAUCUCAAUAAUUUCUAUAAGAACAAGGAUAUCUUUUUAGAAAUGCGGGCAUACCAGACGACAGUUAAGGAUGCGAAAAAUCGGACAAAAACCUUAAACGCCUCAGGCUCCCAGAGUGUUCAGCUAGGCUAA